CUCCUCCUACACACUGUGAGUGAGUGUGUACCUCUUUCUCUCUCUGUGUGUGUGUUUGGCUCGUCGGCUGCUGCUUCAUUAGCCCAUCGCCUCGCUCUCCUGCAGCAUCAGUACGAGAGAGAGAGCAGAGGGAGACGGUGAGGGGGGAGAGACAGAGAGAUGGAGACACGUUUCUGAUCCACUCCUCCUACUUCCUCCCACUCCACGGGCCAAAGAACCACCUACACACACUCACACGCCGUAGCCAUGACGACCUCAGCCCUGCGGCGUCAGGUGAAGAACAUCGUCCAUAACUACUCGGAGGCGGAGAUUAAGGUGCGCGAGGCGACGUCCAAUGACCCCUGGGGUCCGUCCAGUUCGCUGAUGUCUGAGAUCGCUGACCUGACCUUCAGCGUGGUGGCCUUCAGCGAGGUCAUGGCCAUGGUGUGGAAACGCCUCAAUGACCACGGCAAAAACUGGAGACACGUCUACAAGGCACUGACCCUGCUGGACUAUUUGGCCAAGACAGGCUCUGAGCGAGUGGCCCAGCAGUGCCGGGAGAAUGCCUUUACCAUCCAGACGCUGCGGGACUUUCAGUAUGUGGACCGAGAUGGGAGGGACCAGGGUGUGAACGUCAGGGAGAAGGCCAAGCAGCUAGUAGCCCUGCUUAGGGAUGAGGAGCGGCUCAGGCAGGAGCGAGCCCAAGCCCUGAAGACCAAAGAGAGGAUGGCAGGAGGAGGAGGAGGAGGAGGAGGAGGAGGAGGGGGUGGAGGACGAGGAGGAGGAGGAGGAGGAGGUGGAGGAGGAGGAGGAGGAGGAGCAUAUCCUAACAGGAGGAGUAGCCAGCCCAGCAUGGCCGCACUGUAUGGGGAAGAAUUUAGCCGCUCCAGAGAAUCUCCAUCAUCCUUUAAUUCCUCUGCCUCUUCUCCCAGAGCAUCUGAGCUGGAGCAGUCUCGGCCUCAGACCAGUGGAGAAGAAGAACUGCAGCUACAGCUGGCACUCGCCAUGAGCAGAGAGUGUGUUCUCCUUCUGAAGGAGCAGCGCAGCCGACAAGGGGACGACUCUCAACUUCAGAAAGUUCUGGAAGAGAGCAGGAGAGAGAGUGAAUCUGGACAAGGGGAGUCAGCUAUGAUUGAUCUGGUGGAUAUAUUCGGCCCCUCGUCUGAAGCACCACCUAGUGAUGACCCCUGGGAUGCCCAGCCCACCUGCCCAGUGACCUCUGACCCCUGGGAUUCUGUAGCUGUGGUGAAGUCUAGCACUCCUGUAGCUGGCAGUCCUUGGAUGGCCCGCCCCUCAUCCAGUAGCCCUUCCCAUCCAUGGGGAACCAGCCAAUCACCUCCAGACCCCUGGGGUGCUCCGCCAACCAACCCCAGCCCCAAAUCUGCAGAACAAGCUUGGAGGAGUCCAGCACGGCCAGCCUCAGUUGGGGUCGACCCAUUCUCCAUUCGAGAGGAAGAGGAGGAGGAGGAGGAGGAGGAGGAGGAGGAGCUGAGAGAGGAAGAGAGAAAGGAGGAGAGUAAGGAGAGAAGAGAGGAGGGGCCUAACAGGGUGUUCAGCCCCCGUUGUGACAGUCCAGCAGAUGUUGACCCUUUUGCCGAGUUGGUGGUGGGGGGGCAGGUGAAUGGCAGAGUUGAGGACAGUCCGGUGACCUUUGACCUUUCUCGCCUCGGCCCGCCUCUGGAGUCGGUGACACCUAGAAUGUGCCGGACACCUGAAGCUUUUCUGGGUCCCACAGCCGCCUCGCUCGUCAACCUGGACACGCUGAUCCCUACAAACCCACCUGCCAAGAGCAAAAACCCCUUCCUCUCAGGUUUGAGUACUCCUUCUCCCACCAACCCAUUCCAUUGUGAGCAGCCCAGACUGACUCUCAAUCAGAUGCGUCCGAGCUCCACCUCCCCUCAGCCCCCUCAUGCUCUUCCUCACACUCUCUCCUACAGCGCCUCCCUACCCCUGCCCCUACAGCAGCAGCAGCGUCCAUCGCUGCCCUCGUCCUUUACUCAGCCCCACCAUGGCUUGCUAGAGCUGCCCAGUAACCUGCCCCAGCCCCUUCUACCCCUGUCCCCAACACCAGCCCCUCAGCUGCAGAGCCACAGUCAUAACCCUUUCCUCUGAAGACAAUGUAGAUCAGGAUCACAGCGGUUCACACCCUUACUGAUUCUGAUUCUGACUGAACUGAAAUCCAGUCUCUACAGGGCCCUUCCUCUGAGAAGAAAAUAAUCUGGAUCAGAAUCACGUCCGUUCACACCUGUCUUGAUUCUGAACAGACUCAGCUUCAGAACCGAACCUUUCCUGUGAGGAGAGAACAAAGGAAACCCUCUGCUGUAAAAAAAUGGAUCAGAAUCUUAUGUUCACACUUAUUCUGCUUCAAACUGAACUGUACAGCCUCAGCUCUAGAGCCACAAGAACAAGCACCUAAUUUGAAGAGAGGAAGAAAGAGACACCCUGUUAGAAACAAUCUGGAUCACACGUGUUCACACUUACUCUGCAUUCAAGCUGGACGUCAGACCCUGUUGACAACCAUCUGGAUCAGAAUCAUGUCUACCCAUGCCCAUUCUGCUUUCAAACUGAACUACAGUCUCACACAAUGGAAUAUGCACUGAAACUGGAUCGUCCAUUAGCAAUUUUUUUCAGGGUGAACAAGCUGAUCUGGAUGUCAUUUCACACUCUCGGGAAUGGGACUAAGUGACACUUCAGGGUAAUAAUCGCUACCAGAUUAUCUUCAUCCUCAGAGGAGUAAUCUGAAUCAGAAUAAUUUCUGUUCACACAGACUCAGGGUGAACAGAUAGAUCACUUGAUACUCUCUGAAUGUGUCUACCGGAAUUUUUCCACCAGGCAAUGUGGAAUGGCAUGGUGCAAUUACUAAUCCGAACUCAGAACCGUGAAGGUAGUUGGAGUUCUUUGUGAUCUGACUCAAAUGACACUGUGUGAUGAGUAAUUGAUGGAUGUGUGACCAAUGGUCUGCAGUCACCCAUAUGUUCUGGUUUUGUACACUUGAUACCGUGGUAAAAAAGGUAACCGAGUUCUGCAUGGGUACUCAGGUACGGUACAGGUUACUUGGCAGUGGCAAAAUGUGUGACUGUAGCUCUACCAUACCUUACAGCACUGCCUGGUGAAAAAUGGCAUAACUGACACUAUAGGGCUUACGGUAAAACUGGUUUUGUAGGGCCAAAUGCCAUCUUUUAACGAGAAUACAAGUCUGGUGAUGUAGCAUGCACCCAUCCCUCGGGCACUGAUGAAGGCUGUGAGAGCUGGCAGGAAGGCAGGGCCUGAGCUCCUGGGAGAGAAACAUGAGUGAGUGGGAGACGGCACACAAGUCCGAGCCCCGUCUCCUGGGUGCCGCCUCAGGUCCUACAGUGAGGCAACUUUGAUUUACCUUAUGUUUGACCCUGACAGCCAAGCUGCUGGUGGUCACCAAGGCGGAACAAUGAGCUCGCUUUCCCUCUUGGUUCAGGUGCACAGUUCUCUCAUUGUCCUCAAGGGGCUUCAUCCUCGGCUUUGAGUUCGGGCCCCGCCUUCCUGCCAGCUCUCAGGGCCUUCAUUGGAGCCUGAGGUACAGGCACAUGCCACAGGGGACAACGUGUUAAAAUUUUGGAUUUGAAUUGUUCACACACUGGGGUACACCCCUCAAUACGUCCAGAGCAUGCUCUUUUAACAUUUGGAGAAUGCAAAACAAACUUACUGUCAUAAGAUUAUGGUUAAACUAUUUUUUCCCUUUGCAAGAGGUAAUGUUUUCUUCUGCACAUGUAACUCAUGUCCAUUUGCUUAAUUGGAGUUAUUGGGGGCAAUUUGUAGCCGUGCUAAAAUAUAUUGUAUCCAUGGGCUAAUGACACACUUGUUGAUAAGCACAUUAUCGUCUCUUACUUUGAGCUUUGCCUUUACAAGCCAAUGGAUUGGUUUCAAAAUUUCAUACUCAGUCUAUUCCCACCUUAAUAAGUCUGUUUCCAUCAACAUUCAGCCCAGAUUUUCUCAUUGUUGUUCCUAGACGCUCUUGUUACAAGAUCGCACCUGAUCCCACUGGACGAUAAACUGCCCAAUGUUUAGUCAUAACAGAAAUGACCAGUUUAUGGUCAUCUGAAAGGCCCAGUUUUGACAGUAUAACAUCGGAUCAAUAAGUAUUACCAUUUCGGCACUCCGGUACUCUUCUAAUGACGAGGAAAAUCAUGCCAUCUACAGUAUCUAGCAUGCUGCUUAUGAAGAUUGAGAUGGGCUUCAAAUGUCAAUCAGCAUGACUCCACCCUCAUGCAACUAAAAGAACCUGACACCAGAGCUGUCAAUCUAAAGGACAUACCCCCUCACACCUGAAGUGGGCAGGGCUGAGCUAUUAAAAGGGGAAAGCCAACAUUUCAGGAAUACUGACACAAACUGAAUCUUCACCGAGAAUGAAUGCACCACUUCUUUAAUCCCUCGGUCCUCCUCAAAGCUUACUCGCUUUCUGUUGCCUUUUGUCUAUCGAUUGCUGUGGGUGUGUGAAACUCGCCUAAUCAGGGUCCAGCACUGAUUGUAACCCCCAUCCCUCCCUCACAGAACCACAGUGCAUUCUGGGCUGGCUCUGUUGUUUUUCUGUUUGGACCUCAGGAGCUCUGCCCUCCAAAAUCUGCACAACCAAUGAAACAACUGUCUGUCUCUAGAAAUGUUCUGUAGAUCUGGUCCUGGAGUAGCCCUGUCCUGCAUAUGUUGGUGUUUCCUCUACCCUAACACCUGAUCCAACUUAUCAUCUCAUUAAGAAGCACUUCCUGCGUUGAAGUGGGUAUGAUUACAGCUUAUAAUCAACAGAUUCUUGAUGUAAGAAAUAUCAAGAUUUUGAGAAGGUACAAGACUUUAUUUAACCCCUGUGGAUUAUCUACAGACAUUCAUAUUAGUUUUUGGACUGAGGUUAUGGUUAGGGAACAUUUAAACACACUGUAGGCAUGUGCCAUGCGUCUACAAUAAGCUUUACAAAAUAAAAUAUGACAGUAAAACAUUAUGAAUACUGGUGAAAAAAAUCAAUUCAUUUGAAAUUUUAUUUUAACAUGUGCCAAUUUAUUAAUCAUUAGUAACUGAAACACUUAUGUUACUUAUUAUUUACUCAUUUUUUAAAUUGAAUUUUGAAAUGAAAAUUGUAAUUCUCACAUAUACACACUGAUUUCCGUCAGGUUACAUUUUUUGAAUUGAUACAAGUACAAAAUUCAGUUCUUACAUGUAAGAAUAGAAAGUUUUACAUGAACAUGCGUUUGACAGUUUAAUUCAAACUAGUGCGUAUGUCACAUGGCAGAUCUCACCUUUUUACUAGUGUUAAUUACAUUUUUACUUGUUCAAGCUGAAUUUCUUUCAUCACUGUGGGUUCAAAGUUGUUAUGCCCAUCUUGAUCGUGAAAAUUCAGCUGGCAGUUAAUUGUCACAUAAUUAACUGGGCUUCAUAAUUUAAUCAGUCUUUUGCGUUCAUCAUAUGCAAAGCUUAAAGUAUAAAUAUAAAUUUGCCGGUUUGUUACGGAAAGCUGUCCCGUUAAGGUGCUACUGUAGACCCAUGAACUGUCUUGAUAAAUACAGUUUUUGCUUAUUUUAUUGUUUUUCCCACGUUUUUAUCUCAAUUCAAAUGCACCAAAUUUACUAGACACUGUCAUAUUAUACUUAUGAGUAUAUAAACAUGCUAUUUUGAAAACUAACAACGGUGGAAAGUAAAUGUGAUUAGCUUACAUCAUUGUGAUCAGAUCAUCUACAAAUUGUGACAGGCCUAUAAUGUGCUAGUGUCGGGGAAACACUGUAUUCAGGAGCAGCCAGCCAGGACCAGAACUGAGAUGCACUGUUAUGCAGGAGAAGAUACCGAUAUUGAAUAACAAAUGAAUAAUUUAAAAAAAGGGAUGAAGGGAAUGUUCUAUUUGAACAAAAAGAGAUAGGCAGACUGGAUAUAUAUUGUAAUGCUGAACUAUCCUAUGCUGUUGUUCUUCUGUUGAAGACAAUAUUAAUUUAUUUAUAAAUACCAGCUUUAUUGUGCAAUGGCCAUUGAUGAAUACGAAAGUUUAAUGCGUCCUAUAAGGCAAAUAACAUCCAGGUUAAUCAUUAAUGUAUUAUGAUACAAAUAAUAUAUGUCAGUAUAUCGAUGAGCACCAAUAAAUGAAUGUCAUUUGCAUUUCA